GCUGAGUUUAUCCUUUUCAAACUAUAACAUAUAAAAAAGAGUGCCUGCAUUUUUAGUCUUUUUUCUUUUCAGUUUUUACCCCACAAAUUAUAGAAGCAAAAACAAUGACUAUUAAAGUUGGUGAUAUCAUUCCUGACGCAACCUUACAAUACGUCCCUUUUGACCCUAAUGAGGAUAUCACGGCUUGUCCUCGACCCAUUGCUUUAAAGCUUCACGAUAAAUUGAAGGGCAAGAAGGCUGUUAUUUUUGCCAUUCCUGGCCCCUUCACUCCUGCUUGCUCAGAAACCCACGUUCCUGGGUUCAUUAACGCUCACGAAGCUCUCAAAUCAAAAGGCGUUUCUGACAUCAUUUGUAUCUCCGUUACUGAUGGUUUUGUCAUGAAUGCUUUUGCUAAGGCCUUCAAGGUUGGCGACAAGGUUAUCAUGGCUGGCGAUGGUAGUGCUGAAUUCUCUAAAGCAUUGGGUUUGACUCAAGACUUGACUAAGAAUGGUAUGGGUAUUCGCUCAAAAAGAUUCGCCAUCUUGGUAGAUGAUUUGGUUGUGAAAUAUGUUGGUGUUGAACAGGCACCUGGUGUUACUUCUUCUGGUGCUGAAGCUGUUUUAGCCAAACUUUAAGACUUUCCAAUUCGUUUCUUUUUUUUCCCAUUUAACCUUGUAAAUUUGUAUAUUAUGUAAGCGAAGAGAAUAAAAGAGGGUUGGACGUAUAUUGUGUAGUAGGGUGCGUCUUUCGAAAGUUGAUGUUCUCCAGUCUAAUGUCUGCCUUUGUGAUAACUGUCCACAAAAGAAAGAGGGGAACAAAUAGAUAUUGGAUCAACAAAUCCGAUUCAAAUAAGAAAAGAUACGUUCUUGAAAUAGUAGUCAACUUAAGCAACUACAAGCAACUCUCUCUUGCAGGAAGGAAACUACUUGAUUAGAACUUAC